AUGCGUGCCACGGAUCCUUCUGGAUACUCUCAGAGGAAGCUAAUUGCUACUGAGUUCGCUUUACUAGGCAGAAACCUUGAUAAUAUGAAAGAUGCCCAUGGUGGAGCUCUCGAUUCUGUCAGCAAUCUUAUUGCCUCUAUUCGUGCAAAGAAUAAACAGAGAGCACAAGAGAUGAAAGGCGCUCCAGCAACUAAAAAAAGACAGAAAAGCGAAGCGCAAGAGACGGAGAAAGAAGAGGAAGAAGAGGAAGAAGAGGAAGAAGAGGAAGAAGAGGAAGAAGAGGCUUUGAAAAGAAAGAAACACCAUAAAAGAGCGUAG